AUGAAAAAUCCAAUCAGUGAAUAUAUAGCGAAUUUUCCACAAAAUUCCAAUAAUAUUAAAAAUUUAUGGAAAGAAAGUGAGAAUGCUCAAAAGCGUGCGCAAGCGGAAUAUAAAGUAAUACGUGAAUUAGCUGACGAGAUUUUUGAUCAAGCUAAGAAGGUCUUUUCAGCAGCAACAGGUGGUUACAGUGGUAAUGGCUAUGAUUUAAAUCCAUUUCAAUCGAUGAAUGACAAAUUUCAUAAACAAUCCGAUAGACAUAAAAUUUUAAAAAAUGAAAAACAAAAAUUGAAAAGCGGUAAAGUUGUAAGAAAUUAUGAGAAAUGGCAUAAUGAUAUGAUUGGACAUUGGAUUAAAAAACAUUUGCCAAAAGAGCCUAGAAAUAUUGAUACUAGUUAUGAGUUAUUUGGUGUACUACCAAAAUUUGAUCCAAGAUUUCCAUUUGAUCGAGCAUUUAAAUUAAUGGAUGAUCUUCAACCACCUGAUAUGUUCAAAUUUUCAACAAAUAAUUUUCAUAUUUGA